AUGGACCAGCCAGGUCCAUCGAGUACAAACCAUGACCCGCGAUUUGAUUUCAUUGGGUCUUAUGUAGUAAAAUCAUUAAAAUUAAAACCAGAGAAAUGGAUGCGGGUACUAAGCGUCGAAGAGCACAGAUCCACACUAAGAGAUUUUGUGGAUAAGCCUCUCCCACUCUUACUCGUGAUUGUACUAACCCAUGCAGCGCAGUUGGUACCGGUUAUCACAUUUCCAUGUUAUUUGAAAAAUAAAGCUGUUUAUUUUGUUAAGAAAAAACCAGGCGCCAUUCCUAAAGAAGGAUGUUCGGCGAUGGUUAUCUUUGGUGACUUAGCACCGAGAUUAAUAGAUGAGUUAGCUGCACUCGUUGAUGAAGUGUUUGUUCCGUUGUUAUCAAACCCAUCAAACCAUGAAGGUUGGCCUCGAGUCGUCUCUCAGGAUAUCCUGAAGCAGAUCCACAAUUUGAAAAGCACCGUUUACGAGGUUAAAGGUAAAGUAAGUGGACAGACAGUCCUACCGAUGCCAGUAGGCGUAGAACUUGUCCAUGAAGCUGAGAAAGAAAUGUUAUUGGGAAAAGAAGUUGACCUAUACUUAAAAAGCGCAAUCGAAGGGGUAGUCAUCAAGUGGGCUCAGCAAAUAAAUGAUGUGAUGAUGGAAGAUUCUGCACAAGCUUUUGAAAACGGACAGAACCCGCAACCUAACGUCGAACUAGCGUUUUGGAGAUCAAGAUUAAGCAAUCUUAAUUACAUUUAUGAUCAAUUGCGAAUGGAAAGAGUUCGGUGCAUGGCCGUUAUAUUGGAAAAAACAAACUCUGCUUAUUAUCCAUGUUUUAGCCGUUUGUUCAAGAAUAUAGUAUCAGCUUUAGCAGAAGCUCGAGAAAUUGAUAUGUACCUUCGGACUUUAGAAAAGCACUUUCAAGCGCUUGAUGACACAGAUUUUACUGAGUGUCAGCCUUUAUUUAGACCUUUAUUUCACGUAAUAUGCAUGGUUUGGCGUGACUCAAAGUAUUACUGCAGUUCGUCCAAGCUCAUGGUUCUGAUCAAGCAAAUAUGCAAUUUGCUUAUAUUUCAGGCUAAAAAGUGUUUGGACCCAAGUACUCUGUUUCACAGUGAUAUAGACGAAGCGAGGCAACGAAUUCAAAUGACGAUUGACAUUCUCAAGAACUUCCGCCAGACGUUUGACUAUUUUAAAGAGAAUAUUCCCAAAUAUUUUGAAAAUCGAGCUAUACUGCUUUGGACAUUCCAUCCAAAUGUUGUAUUUGAGAGGAUGAACAAAUUCUUAGAGCGCUUAAAUACAAUACAGUGGUUCUUCAAAACGGUACUUGAGUUCCAAAAGUUGGAGAAGAUAGAAAUCGGUGGUAUGAAGGGCAGAGUUUUAGGUGGUCAAAUAAGAGAUAUCUCUGGAGAAUUUGAAUCGUACUUCCAUAGCUUUGCAUCGAAGUCAUAUGACGUCUUAGACCCUGAUGAUGAGAGAUUUAAUGAAGACUUUAAAGAAUUUCAAGAUAAUAUUAUCGAUUUAGAUUUAAAGUUAUCAACUGUUUUGGUAGAAUCGUUUGAUAACUGCACAACUUUGGAAGCAAUAUUCAAGCUUAUUGAUAUAGUUGGAUCUGUAUUAGAAAGGCCUUUGAUUAAAAAUGAAUUUACCGCCAAGUAUGUUGAAAUCAUAGUGAUGUUGGAUAAAGAACUAUCUAUUUGUGAAGAUUUAUUUAGAGAACAAAGCAAUCGACAACAGAAGUACGGUCAUAUGGAGGUAGACGCUUACUUUCCGCCCAUUGCUGGAGGACUCCUGUAUAUGACGAUGCUAGCUACAAGGAUUUCCAAGCCUAUAGCUAGCUUUCGCAAUUUGCCGCACCCGAUAAAAGGGUGCGGCGAUGCUGUCAAGGUUUUUGAAAGGUAUGAAAAGUUGAUUGAAGAUAUAAAUGAGUUCAAGAGAAAGUAUUUUAACGAUUGGACAUUGACCGUUCCUAAGAUUGUGGAAGAAAAGACAAACAAUCCAAUUAUAACGAGACAAGUUCCAGAUCUCAUUUUGAAUUUCAGUCCCGAAUUAUUAGAUCUCAUGAAAGAAGUCCAUCAUCUGAGAUCGAAUCCAGAAAUGUCUAAAGAUUUGCCUCAUGAAAGUUUAGAACUGUUUGAGAAGCAAGAAACAUUUCGUCAAUACAGAAUAAACUUGGGAAUCACUACGGAUUGGUAUAAUCAAAUACACAGAAACAGUCAAAAAGUAGAAUUUGAUUUAGUUGAAGAUGAAAUAAAAGCGAUUGAUCAGAGAAUUGAAAUGGCGCAACACGAACUCAAUUGGAAUUCAAAUGACUUAUGGAAUUAUUUGCAAGAACUACAUAAAUUGGUAGGAAGUUUAUACGAUCGAAUGUCCAGAAUUCAAGAUAAUCUUAAACAAAUAAAGGCUGUACUGACGACUUGGUCAACACAACCGCUGUUUGAAAGGAAAGAAGGGAAAAAGGAUACCUUGAUGAAUUUAGAAGAUCGUAAAGAACGAACUACUAAAAGAUAUAGCGACAUACAAACUAGUGCAGCAUGUAUUAAAACGCUCUUAGGUGAAAACAUGCAGUUAUUUAGUAUGCAAGAAAGCCAGGAUAGCGUAAAAUGGCUUGCUUAUGUCGCUUUUAUUGAUGGCUUGAUUGAAGAGGCCUUGUUUAAAUCGAUUGCUUGCAGUAUGGGCUACAUAUCGGAACACAUGAAUCCCAAGAAUAAGUUAGCAUCAUUAUUUGAAGCACAGUUGGAACUUUUAGAACCGGAUAUGGUGUUUUCUCCAUCAUUAGAUUCCAAUGAUGAAAAGGGUUUUACCGCUCUUAUAGAUAACCUUAUAGAUGAUAUUUUGAAAAUGUCAACAUUAAUAGAAAGAAUCGAUAAACAGAAGACUGAGUCAUAUUAUGAACAGAUUAUUAAUCAUCACGAUGUAAUCGAAAUGAAAGAAGAUAUAUUUGAUGGCAUUGAGCGGGUUAUAGAAGAAGCAAACGAAUUUUGCAAAACAUUCGAAAACUAUUCCUACUUAUGGUUAGAAGAGCGAGAUGCCAUAAUGGAAAUAUUCCUAGAAUAUGGCAGGAUACUAACGCCAGAGGAAAUAGAUAAAAUCGGUUCCGAAGACAAAGAUGUUCAACCACCAGUCCCUUCUCCACCUAAAAUGGAAGCCUUCAGGGAACAAAUUGAUCAUUAUGAAAAUUUGUAUAUGGACAUUGAAGAUAUGGAAUCCUAUAAAGUUUUUAAUUCGUGGUUUCAAGUAGAUAUAAGACCGUUCCGACAAGCAUUAUUGAACACCGUAAGAAAAUGGGGUAACAUGUACAAAGAACAUUUAGUUGAAAAUGUUACUUCGAGCUUGACAGAUUUGGGAAAUUUUAUACGAGAGGCAGACGAAGGACUACUCCAACCUGUACCUGAAGGAGACUACGAGGCUCUGGUUACAGUCAUGGGAUACUUAAUGAAUGUCAAAGAUCGUGCUGUAACUACAGAUGAUAUGUUUCAUCCACUUACUGAAACUAUUGAACUACUGAAAUUCUAUGACAUGGAUAUUCCAGAAGAAGUUAACGUGUUGUUACAAGAACUACCAGAACAGUGGCAAGCUUCAAAGAAAUUGGCGCUCACGGUAAAGCAACAGGUGGCGCCAUUACAGGCAGCUGAAGUUGCGUGUAUACGGAAGAAAAUAACAACGUUUGAUUCCCAUGUUAUAUAUUACCGGGAAGUGUUUAAGAAAUAUGAGUUUUUCAAAUAUGAAUGCGAUGACCCAUACGCCGUAAUGUCAAGAGUUGACAAGGAAAUGCUAUAUUUAGAGGAAGAAAUGAAGGGUAUACAAGAAUCGGGAUCCCUAUUCGAAGUGAAUGUACCAGAGUUUAAAUUAUUAAAACAAUGCAGGAAGGAGUUACGCAUGUUAAAACAACUUUGGGAUUACGUGUACAUUGUAAGGACAAGCAUAGAAGACUGGAAAACAACUCCAUGGCGGAAAAUUGAUGUGGAAAACAUGGAUAUUGAAUGUAAGAAGUUCGCUAAGGAAAUCCGUCUGCUUGAUAAGGAAAUGAGAAGUUGGGACACAUAUAUAAAUUUGGAAGCAACUGUUAAGAAUAUGCUUACGUCACUAAGGGCGGUGGGUGAGCUACAAAACCCAGCUAUAAGGGAACGCCAUUGGGAUCAAUUAAUGAAAACUACAAAGAGCUUAGCUGCAUUGCCACCUGAACUCACAGUACGAAUAGUGAUGGAUACAAAUACAACAUUAGCAGACUUAUUGGCCUUAAACCUACAUGAGUUUGAGGAAGAGGUAAAAAACAUUGUCGAUAAGGCUGUCAAGGAAAUGUCUAUGGAGAAGAUACUAAAAGAUCUUAACACAACAUGGAGUCAGAUGGAGUUUGAACAAGAGGUUCAUGCGAGGACUGGGUGUAUUUUAUUGAGAGCCAGUGAAGAGCUUAUCGAAACAUUAGAAGAAAAUCAGGUUCAAUUGCAAAAUUUGAUAACGUCCAAGUUCAUAGCGCACUUCUUAGAAGAAGUUUCAAGUUGGCAACAGAAGUUAUCUAUAGCAGACCAGGUUAUAACUGUUUGGUUUGAAGUGCAAAGGACGUGGACUCAUUUAGAGAGUAUUUUUAUGAGUUCUGAGGAUAUUAGAAAACAGUUACCGGAAGAUUCUGAGAGAUUUGAUAGAAUCGAUACUGAAUUUAAGAUUUUGUCCAAAGACAUGUCCAAAACUCCAAACGUGGUGAAGGGCACAAAUAAAGAAGGUCUAGUAGCUACUCUGGAUAGUUUACAAAAGGACUUAAUAAUUUGUGAAAAGGCUUUAGCUGAAUAUUUAGAAACUAAGAGAUUGGCAUUUCCACGGUUUUAUUUUGUAUCAUCAGCAGACUUGCUCGAUAUUUUAUCUAACGGAAACCAAGCGGAACUGGUUAUAAGACAUUUGACGAAACUGUUUGACUCGAUAGCAAAACUAAAGUUCGGUGAAAAUGACAAACCCGAAGGAAAAAUCGCGGCUGGAAUGAUAGCUAAAGAUGGUGAAUAUGUCCCAUUUCAUGGAUCGUGUGACUGCAGUGGUCCCGUGGAAAUAUGGCUCAACCGCUUACAAGACAUCAUGAGAUCAUCAAUUCGGCAGUAUUUCAGCGAAGCAAUCGUAUCAUACGAAGAAAAGCCGCGCGAACAAUGGCUGUUUGACUACAUGGCCCAGGUUUCCUUGUGUUGCUCUCAGAUUUGGUGGACCACUGAAGUGAAUUUAGCCUUCGCUAGACUAGAAGAAGGUUACGAUAAUGCACUCAAAGAUUAUUAUAAGAAGCAGUUGUCGCAAUUGAGUACAUUGAUUACGUUACUCAUAGGCGAACUUAGUAAACUGGAUCGACAGAAGAUCAUGACGAUUUGUACUAUUGAUGUCCAUUCUAGGGAUGUUGUUAGUAAAUUGAUUCAAGGGAAAGUAGAGGCUGGGUCUGCGUUUCAAUGGCAAUCACAACUUAGGCACAGAUGGGACGACAAAGAACUUCAUUGUUUCGCGAAUAUUUGUGAUGCACAGUUCAAAUACAGCUACGAAUAUUUAGGGAAUACACCAAGAUUGGUUAUAACCCCUCUAACUGAUCGUUGCUACAUUACAUUGACCCAAUCUUUACAUUUAAUAAUGGGGGGUGGACCCGCUGGACCUGCUGGUACGGGCAAAACGGAGACUACCAAAGAUUUAGGACGUGCAUUGGGUAUAAUGGUGUAUGUAUUCAAUUGUUCCGAACAAAUGGAUUAUCAGUCAUGCGGUAAUAUUUAUAAAGGACUUGCUCAAACAGGAGCUUGGGGUUGUUUUGAUGAGUUUAAUAGAAUAUCAGUUGAGGUCCUAUCAGUUGUUGCUGUCCAGGUUAAAUCUGUUCAAGAUGCCAUCAGAGACAAAAAAGAAAAGUUUAACUUCAUGGGAGAAAUAAUUGUAUUGGUACCAUCGGUUGGCAUAUUCAUAACAAUGAAUCCAGGUUAUGCUGGAAGGACGGAACUUCCCGAAAACUUAAAAGCCUUAUUUAGACCGUGUGCCAUGGUUGUACCGGACUUUGAGUUGAUUUGUGAAAUCAUGUUGGUCGCCGAAGGUUUUCAAGAAGCUAAAAUAUUAGCAAGGAAAUUCAUAACUCUGUAUACGUUGUGUAAAGAACUAUUGUCUAAACAAGAUCAUUACGACUGGGGUUUAAGAGCGAUUAAAUCCGUUUUAGUGGUAGCUGGUUCUUUGAAGAGAGGUGAUCCUGGUAGACCAGAAGAAGAGGUAUUGAUGAGAACGUUACGUGACUUUAAUAUUCCUAAAAUAGUCACAGAUGAUAUGCCUGUUUUCAUGGGCUUAAUUGGUGACCUAUUUCCCGCUCUUGAAGUACCGAGAAAAAGAGAUUUGGAAUUUGAGAGAACUGUCAAACAAGCUGCCAUGGACUUGUUGCUUCAACCUGAAGAUAACUUUAUACUUAAGGUCGUGCAAUUGGAGGAACUACUAGAAGUUCGUCAUUCCGUCUUCAUAGUUGGUAAUGCCGGAACUGGUAAAACGCAAGUUUGGAAAUCUCUAUACAAGACAUACCAGAAUCUCAAAAAGAAACCAAUUUAUACCGACCUUAAUCCUAAGGCUGUGACAAACGACGAGCUGUUCGGCAUUAUUAAUCCUGCAACAAGAGAAUGGAAAGAUGGUUUAUUUUCAGUGAUAAUGAGAGAUCAAGCGAAUAUUGUUGGAGAAAAUCCUAAGUGGAUUGUUUUAGAUGGAGACAUCGAUCCAAUGUGGAUAGAAUCGUUGAAUACUGUGAUGGAUGAUAACAAGAUUCUUACGCUGGCUAGCAAUGAGAGAAUAGCGUUAACACCAAGCAUGCGUCUAAUGUUUGAGAUAUCAAAUUUGCGCACAGCCACUCCCGCUACGGUAUCUCGAGCCGGAAUUUUAUACAUUAAUCCACAGGAUUUGGGAUGGAAUCCCUAUGUUACCAGUUGGAUAGAAACACGAAAGAUACCAGCGGAAAAAUCGAACUUAGUUAUACUCUGUGACAAAUACAUUCCACCUUGCUUAGAAACUGUAAGGACUCGGUUCAAGAAGAUAACACCUAUUGCAGAUAUGGCACAUAUUCAAAUGCUUUGCCAUUUACUGGAUUGCUUGCUUGUUCCCGAGAAUACGCCCGCAGAUUGUUCAAAAGACUGGCAUGAUAUUUUCUUCGUUUUUGCGUGUGUCUGGGCGUUUGGUUCCGCGAUGUUCCAAGAUACCAAUGUUGACUACAGAGUUGAAUUCUCAAAAUGGUGGGUAAACGAAUUCAAAACUGUGAAAUUUCCACCCGGAGGAACUGUAUUUGACUACUACAUUGACCACGAUACAAAACAAUUCACUCCAUGGACAGAAAAGAUUACAAAGUUCGAGCUGGAUUCUGACAUCCCGUUGCAAGCCGUACUGGUGCCUACAGCUGACACUAUACGCGUUCGAUUUUUCUUGGACUUGCUAAUGAAAAACAAACAUCCAGUCAUGUUAGUUGGGGGUGCUGGCUGUGGAAAAACUGUUCUUGUAAACGAAAAAUUGCAAAGCCUUCCAGAAACUUACGCAAUCCAAUCAAUCCCUUUCAACUUCUACACGACAUCGGAAAUGCUCCAGAAAAUUCUCGAGAAGCCGCUCGAAAAGAAAGCGGGCCGAAACUACGGACCGCCAGGGAAUAAAACGCUCAUAUACUUUAUAGACGACAUGAAUAUGCCAGAAGUUGAUGGUUAUGGAACAGUACAGCCGCAUACAAUCAUUCGCCAACAUUUAGACUAUAACCAUUGCUUCACUAUCAACCCGAGGCUUCAGCGGCAUUUCUGCGUGUUUGCUAUAAGUUUCCCUAAUUCUGAAUCGCUUAACAACAUUUACCAUUCUAUAUUGAGUCAGCACCUGGCUAACCCUGAGUUGAGGAUUAGUGCCCAGAUUGGUAAACUGUCAGCGAAUGUCGUCAGCGCCACUAUUGCUCUUCACAAUAAAGUAUCACAAGUGUUUCUGCCUACCGCCAUCAAGUUUCACUACAUUUUCAAUCUAAGGGAUUUAUCCAAUGUGUUUCAGGGAUUUCUCUUUAGUACAAAUGAAUGUUUGGUGAAUCCCUCGGAUAUAAUUAGGUUGUGGCUACACGAAACACACAGGGUGUAUGGAGAUAAACUUACAGAAGAUAAGGAUAUUGAUGCAUUUCUUAAAAUGCAAGUGGAUUUAUGUAAGAAGAACUUUGAGGAUAUAGAUGAAGGAGUAGUAUUUGAACGACCAAAUAUAUACUGUCAUUUUGCGGGCGGAAUUGGAGAGCCAAAAUAUAUGCCGAUAGCAACUUGGACUCAGUUGAAUAAGUUACUAACAGAAGCUUUGUCCAGUUACAAUGACCUUAUUGCAGCUAUGAAUCUCGUUUUGUUUGAAGAUGCUAUGAUGCAUAUUUGCAGAAUAAGCCGAAUAUUAGAGAGUCCUAGAGGAAGUGCAUUACUAGUUGGAGUAGGAGGAUCAGGGAAACAGUCUUUAUCGCGUUUAGCCGCUUUUAUUGCCAGCCUUGAAGUUUUCCAAAUACAGCUGAAAAAGGGAUAUGGUGUUUCGGAUCUAAAGCAUGAACUAUCAGGAUUGUAUAUAAAAACGGGUCUGAAAAACGUUGGCAUUAUGUUCUUAAUGACGGAUGCUCAAGUAGCGAACGAACAGUUUUUGGUACUCAUCAAUGAUUUGUUGGCAUCCGGAGAAGUAGGAGACCUGUUCCCUGACGACGAAAUCGAAAACAUAAUUGCUGGAGUGCGAAAUGAGGUAAAAGGUGCCGGCCUCCCCGACACGAGAGAAAUCUGUUGGAAAUUCUUCAUAGACAGAGUGAGAAAGCAGCUGAAAGUGGUGCUUUGCUUCUCACCCGUGGGAUCUACUUUGCGAGUGAGGUCCAGAAAGUUCCCAGCUUUGAUUAACUGCACAUCUAUCAACUGGUUCCAUGAAUGGCCUCAAGAAGCCUUGGUCUCUGUGUCUAUGCGUUUUUUGGAGGAAUUACACGUACUGCCUAUAACGUUACGUGAUUCAGUGUCACGAUUUAUGGCGUAUGUCCACACGUCAGUGAACACGAUAUCUAAAGCAUAUCUAUCGAACGAAAGACGGUACAACUAUACGACGCCGAAGAGUUAUCUUGAACAGAUCAGUCUCUAUUCAAAAUUGGUCAAUCAGAAAACUGAUGAGCUUCGAGCAAAAAUAUCUAGGUUAGAAAACGGUUUAGAAAGACUUCGUGGUACGGCAUCGCAAGUAGAUGAACUAAAAGCAAAGUUAGCGUUACAAGAAAUAGAAUUACAACAGAAAAAUGAAGCCGCUGAUAAACUUAUUGAAAUGGUUGGGGUUGAAACUGCUAAGGUUCAGAGUGAAAAGGCGCUUGCCGAUGAGGAGGAAGAAAAAGUAGCAGUUAUUGCUGAAGAAGUAUCCAAGAAGCAAAAAGAUUGUGAAGAAGACCUUAUCAAAGCUGAACCAGCUCUUGUAGCUGCACAAGAUGCUUUGAAUACAUUAAACAAAGCAAAUCUCACUGAACUGAAAUCAUUUGGGUCGCCGCCUGGAGCCGUCACUAAUGUUACGGCGGCAGUCAUGGUGCUUCUGGCACCAGGAGGGAAGAUACCUAAAGACAGAAGUUGGAAAUCUGCUAAGAUGACGAUGGCGAAAGUAGAUAUGUUUUUGGAGUCGUUAAUACACUACGAUAAGGAAAACAUACACCCUGAUGUCAUAAAGGCCAUUCAGCCCUAUUUAAAGGAUUCUGAAUUUGAACCGGAAUUCGUGAGAUCUAAAUCAGCGGCUGCAGCUGGUCUAUGUGCGUGGGUGAUAAACAUAAUCAAAUUCUACGAAGUAUUCUGUGACGUUGAACCUAAACGAAAAGCAUUAGCCGCUGCAAACGCUGAAUUAGCCGCAGCCACUGAAAAGUUAAAAUCUAUUAAAUCGAAAGUUGCUUCUCUCGAAGAACAAUUAGCAACGCUCACGGCAGAUUUUGAAAAGGCAACAGCUGAGAAGGUGAAAUGCCAACAAGAAGCUGAUGCGACGACUAGAACUAUUCAAUUGGCAAAUAGACUUGUUAAUGGUCUCGCUAGUGAAAACGUUAGAUGGGCGGAAGCUGUUUUUAAUUUUAUGCAACAAAGCACGACUCUGCCUGGUGAUGUGCUUUUAGUCUGUGCAUUUAUUUCGUACGUGGGCUGUUUUACUAAGCUCUACAGAUUGGAUUUGCUGCAUAAGAAUUGGUUACCAUUUUUGAAGACAUUAGAGCCUCCAAUACCAAUAACAGAAGGCCUCGAUCCGCUAACAAUGUUGACUGAUGACACAACUAUAGCGAUGUGGCAAAAUGAAGGCCUACCUUCUGAUAGGAUGAGCACAGAGAAUGCAACAAUAUUAUCAAACUCAGAUCGGUGGCCGCUUAUGAUUGACCCACAGUUACAAGGAGUAAAAUGGAUAAAACAAAAAUAUGGUGACGGUUUGCGAGUUAUACGUUUGGGCCAGAAAGGUUACUUAGAUACAAUCGAAAAGGCAAUCAUCAAAGGGGAAACUGUUUUAUUGGAAAAUAUAGGGGAAACUGUCGACCCAGUCCUAGAUCCGCUUUUGGGAAGAAAUUUAAUCAAAAAGGGAAGAGCAAUAAAGAUCGGCGACAAAGAAGUUGAAUACAGUCCUAACUUCAGAUUAAUUUUGCACACAAAACUUGCAAAUCCGCAUUAUAAACCGGAAAUGCAAGCACAGACAACACUAGUGAACUUUACCGUGACACGAGAUGGGCUAGAAGACCAACUUCUAGCUGAAGUCGUCAAAGCAGAAAGACCGGACCUAGAAGAACUUAAAGCGGAACUAACGAAGCAGCAAAAUGAGUUUAAAAUACAGCUAAAGAAGCUAGAAGAUGACCUGCUUUCGAGACUCUCGUCGGCUGGUGAAAAUAUUCUUGGUGAUACAGCUCUGAUAGAGAAUUUGGAGACCACUAAGAAGACGGCAGCAGAUAUUGAAAAAAAGGUCUCCGAAGCAAAAGUGACGUCACACCAAAUAGAUCAAGCGAGAGAGUUCUAUCGUCCGGCCGCUGCGCGUGCGUCGCUUUUAUAUUUCAUUUUGAAUGACUUGAAUACUAUAAAUCCAAUUUAUCAAUUCUCUUUAAAGGCAUUUAGUGUUGUCUUCCAAAAAGCAAUAUCAAAGGCCGAGGAGAGUGAAGAAGUGAGCCAACGAAUCAAGAAUCUAAUUGAUUGCAUUUCGUAUUCAGUUUUUCAAUAUACAUCGCGGGGCCUCUUUGAAUGUGACAAGUUAAUAUUUGCAUCACAAAUGACAUUCCAGGUUCUCUUGAUGAGUGAAGAAAUCUCAACAGCAGAAUUAGAUUUCUUCCUUCGAUUCCCAAUCAAACCUCACGUCACCAGUCCAGUUGAUUUCCUCUCAAACCAAAGUUGGGGUGGCAUUUGUUCGUUAGCGAGUAAAGAUGAAUUCCGCAAUCUCGAUAGAGAUAUAGAAACUUCCCCUAAAAGAUGGAAGAAGAUUGUGGAAAUGGAGUGUCCUGAAAGGGAGAAAUUUCCACAGGAAUGGAAAAAUAAAACUGCUCUGCAAAGACUGUGUAUGAUUAGAGCAUUGCGUCCUGAUAGAAUGACUUACGCCGUUGCAACGUAUAUAGAAGAAAAGAUGGGAUCAAAAUACGUUGAAAAUAGAACUGUUGAGUUUAGUAAAUCCUUUGAGGAGACGAGUCCAACCACGCCGAUAUUUUUCAUUUUGUCACCCGGCGUAAAUCCUCUUAAAGACGUGGAAGCGUUAGGGAAAGCUAUGGGCUUUACCACUGAUGGUGGGAACUUUCAUAAUGUCUCUUUGGGUCAGGGGCAGGAAAUUGUUGCUGAGCAAGCAAUGGACGAAGCGUUUAAGAAAGGACAUUGGGUUGUUUUGCAGAAUAUACAUUUGGUAAAAAAAUGGUUGCCAAGUCUGGAAAAGAAAAUGGAGAGUUUUGCGCACGGUUGCCAUCCUGAUUUUAGGCUUUUUAUGUCCGCUGAACCAGCUGCUACGCCCGCUGCUCAUAUUAUUCCACAAGGAAUACUGGAAUCAAGUAUUAAGAUUACGAACGAACCGCCCACUGGGAUGCAGGCCAACCUCCAUAAAGCCUUAGACAAUUUUAAUCAAGAGACACUCGAAAUGUGUGGGAAGGAAGCUGAGUUUAAAGCGAUAUUAAUCGCGCUGUGUUAUUUCCACGCGGUUGUUGCUGAACGGCGGAAAUUUGGGCCGCAGGGAUGGAAUAAAAUUUACCCAUUCAAUGUUGGCGACCUCACCAUUAGCGUUUUUGUCUUGUACAAUUAUUUGGAAGCGAAUUCCAAAGUGCCAUGGGAAGAUUUACGAUACCUCUUUGGCGAGAUUAUGUAUGGCGGACAUAUUACUGAUGAUUGGGACAGGAGGUUAUGCAAUGCUUACUUAGAGGAACUCAUGCAACCUGAUUUGGUUGAUGGUGAACUGCAAUUAGCUCCAGGUUUUCCAGCUCCUCCCAACACCGACUAUGCUGGUUACCACCAGUACAUAGAAGAUGCUAUGCCAGCGGAAUCCCCUUAUCUAUACGGCUUACAUCCCAACGCUGAAAUUGGCUUCUUAACGACUACAUCUGAAAAUCUAUUCAGAACCAUUUUUGAAAUGCAGCCCAGGGAUGCUCAAGCUUCAGGUGCUACUACAGUCACCCGAGAGGACAAGGUAAAGCAAAUGCUGGAUGAGAUAGUAGAGAAGUUACCGGAGGAGUUCAAUAUGGUGGAGAUAAUGGGGAAGGUGGAGGAAAGGACUCCAUACGUGAUUGUGGCCUUCCAGGAGUGUGAGAGAAUGAACCAUUUGACUGGAGAAAUGAAACGAUCGUUGAGAGAACUGGAUUUGGGGCUCAAGGGCGAACUUACAAUAACUUCAGAUAUGGAAGAAUUAGAAAAUGCCCUAUUUUUAGACCAGGUACCAAUAAUCUGGGCCAGUCGAGCAUAUCCCUCACUCCUGGGUUUGUCUGCGUGGUUUGUGGACUUACUCCUUCGGCUUCGGGAAUUGGAAACUUGGGCAACAGAUUUCGUGCUACCCACAUCGGUGUGGCUGGGUGGUUUCUUCAACCCACAAAGUCUUCUUACAGCAAUAAUGCAAAGCACUGCUCGUCGGUAUGAACUCCCCUUGGACAAGAUGUGUUUGCAGUGUGACGUCACUAAGAAGAUGAAGGAGGAUUUCACUAUAGCAGACUCGCGUUCUGCCCCCCGCGAUGGCGCAUACGUACACGGCCUGUUAAUGGAAGGUGCGCGAUGGGACCCACAGGCCGGUAUCAUCAUGGACUCACGUCUUAAGGAUCUCUUUCCACCCAUGCCUGUUAUUAAUGUUAGGGCAAUAACACAAGAUAAGCAAGAUCUUCGCAACAUGUACGAAUGUCCCGUAUAUAAGACGCGGACUCGCGGUCCCACAUAUGUAUGGACAUUCAACUUGAAAACUAAGGACAAGCCAGCCAAAUGGACCCUGGCUGGAGUAGCUUUGCUACUACAAAUAUAG